GGGCGCACUCGCCGAGUCUGCAGUCACCUGCCCCGGUCCUGCGCUGCCGAUCUCCCAGGAGAGUCCUCCAGACCGCGAAGGCCGGUCGGCCGUUCACCUGCCGACGCUGUCCGGUUUUCCCGGGGCCUGGUUGGAGUUUUAGGUUUGGGACAGCCAGUCCCUGGGUUCACUUGUUUAGUUUUCCGUAACCUGAUGGAACCGAGGCCUGACGCAUUUGGGGGUAUCCGCUCCGAGUAGCACCCCAACUCGUUCCUGGAUCAUUGGUGUAUCACAUCCCUUGUCUGAGACAGGAUUUCUGACUGGAAUUCACUAUGGAGACCAGUGCCAUGGCAGAACAGGAUGUGGAAAAUGAGCUUUUGGAUUAUGAUGAAGAUGAAGAGCCCCAAGCACCCCAGGAGAGCACUCCAGCUCCCCAGAAGAAAGAUGUCAAAGGAUCUUAUGUCUCCAUUCACAGUUCUGGUUUCCGGGACUUUCUGCUGAAGCCGGAGCUCCUGAGAGCCAUAGUUGACUGUGGCUUUGAGCAUCCUUCAGAGGUCCAGCAUGAGUGUAUUCCUCAGGCCAUUCUGGGUAUGGAUGUCCUAUGCCAGGCCAAGUCUGGGAUGGGCAAGACAGCUGUGUUUGUGCUGGCCACCCUGCAGCAGAUUGAGCCCAUCAAUGGCCAGGUAUCAGUACUGGUCAUGUGCCACACGAGGGAGCUGGCCUUCCAGAUCAGCAAGGAGUAUGAGCGCUUCUCUAAGUACAUGCCCAGUGUCAAGGUAUCUGUGUUCUUUGGGGGCCUCUCCAUUAAGAAGGAUGAAGAUGUGUUGAAGAAGAACUGUCCCCAUGUUGUGGUGGGGACCCCAGGCCGGAUCCUGGCACUCGUACGGAGCAGGAGCCUCAACCUGAGGAACGUGAAGCACUUUGUGCUGGACGAAUGUGACAAGAUGCUGGAGCAGCUGGACAUGCGCCGGGAUGUGCAAGAAAUCUUUCGCCUGACACCCCAUGAGAAGCAAUGCAUGAUGUUCAGUGCCACUCUGAGCAAGGAGAUCCGGCCCGUCUGCAGGAAGUUCAUGCAGGAUCCCAUGGAGGUGUUUGUGGACGACGAGACGAAGCUCACCCUACACGGGCUACAGCAGUACUACAUCAAGCUCAAAGACAGUGAGAAGAACCGGAAGCUCUUCGACCUCCUUGAUGUCCUAGAGUUUAACCAGGUGGUGAUCUUUGUCAAGUCUGUGCAGCGUUGCAUGGCCCUGGCCCAGCUCCUAGUGGAACAGAACUUCCCAGCCAUUGCUAUUCACCGAGGCAUGCCCCAGGAGGAGCGCCUGUCCCGCUACCAGCAGUUCAAGGACUUCCAGCGGCGCAUCCUGGUGGCUACCAACUUGUUUGGCAGAGGGAUGGACAUUGAGCGAGUCAACAUCGUCUUCAACUAUGACAUGCCAGAGGACUCAGACACCUACCUUCACCGAGUAGCUCGUGCUGGUCGCUUUGGUACCAAAGGCCUGGCAGUCACUUUUGUAUCCGAUGAGAACGAUGCCAAAGUCCUCAAUGAUGUUCAGGACCGCUUUGAAGUGAAUGUGGCAGAGCUUCCAGAAGAGAUUGAUAUCUCCACGUACAUCGAACAGAGCCGAUAACUAUUAUGUGUGUGCAGCCAACCCACCUGCUGCUUCAGAUCCUCUCCCCACACGACAAAUGGGUGUAUCUUUUUAUUGUUUCAAAGCUGUAGCUGUGUAAGAAUAAACUUUUAUUGUGGA